AUGAAUUAUAAUAAUUGGGAUCAAUGUACCAAUGUUAGAUAUCGACUUAGUUCACGAAUAAACAAUCCAUCCACUUUAGUAGAUAAUUGUGGUACGAUGAUUCCAUUAUGUAUUGAAAAAUCUUUUUAUCAAUGUAAAAAUAAUGUUGGUCAAGAAUAUUGUGUCGAAGACUGUUGCAAUUUUUCUGAUCCAAUCAAUUUACAAAAUAGCUUGUUUAAAAAUAUGAAUAUAAAUAGUUCAAUAAAAUCAUGUGAUACUAAAAUCAUCGAUGUGCCAUGUUUAAAACCGAUGGGUCCAUAUAGAUCUCUGUUUGCAUCAUCAAAAAUAUCUGAUAAGCAGUACGAAUAUAUCAAUAGUAUUGUUACGAAUGUUCUUCGACAACUUGUUAAUCAUAUAUCACUUGAUUCUUUACAUGAAUUAUCGUGUUGUUUACCACAAAAUAUCGAAAGGAUUCUUUGCUAUACGGAUAUUGAUUCGAAUCGGUUAAUAAGAAUUCUAGUCACUGACGCUCUUCGAUGCUAUAGUGUGAAUACUGGACGUCUUACUGAUUGGUAUGCAUUUGCUGAUUCAAUUACAGAAAAAUUAAAAGAAGAAAUCGACGCAGAUAAUGUUGAGCAACCACUUGUCAAAGAAAAAAAAUUGCCUCAGAAAAAUUCUUUUAAGACAGCUCGAAAACUAUCAAAACUACCAUUUGUCCAUCGAAAUUCUUCAAUAGAAUAUCAAUCAAAAACACAACCGACAGAAAAAACCAUUGAUAAUAAUCGUAAAAAUUCAAUAAACCGACCUCAAACACUAGAUCGUAUAGCGAACAAAAGUAGUAAUCAAUCAUCAUCUAGGAAUUGUAUACUAUCAGUUGAUCAUAAAUAUAAACAUGAAAAAGUUUAUAAUCAUCAGCAUACAACCACAAGUUAUGACACAUCAUCAUCAUCAUCAUCAUCAUCUCACAUGUUUGUUCCUAUCAAAGAAUCUAUCGAACAAAAUAUCACAUUAAAAUCGACUAACACAGAACAAUUGAAGCUGCCUAAUCAUGUUAAUGAUGAACAAAUCCGUCUGCUUAAUUUAAUGACAAAGUUUAAUGAAAAUGCUCAAUAUUCUCAUCCAAUUGAAACUCUUUCAACUAAACGAACUCUACAUGAUGUAAAAAUAUUGUCUGCAAAUAAUGACCAAUUAUUAUCACCAAAUGAUAAUCAGGUUCACUUGAGUACUGACCCGAUCCCAUUAAAAAAGAAAAAUAUCAGAAUCAAUCAUUAUCCAAAUAUGUUAGCUGAUUUUUAA